AUGGGAACCUUGAAGCAGGCCAACCCGAGUCCGUUGACAAUACAGAAUAUUGGGCUCUGGCCCCAAAACCAAGACCACCAGAAGGACGGCUCUCGCCAGGAUCCACCACUCCUCGCGUAUACAACCGGCUAUUUCCAACAGCUUCAAGGAAGAACCAGCUAUUUUGGCAGUUCGCAUUGGAUGGCGAUCCUGCAAGGGACCAAACCUUCUCUCAUUAGUGAGGAAGAAGAACCAACUAAUGAAGCAGAAAAUGACGAGCUUGAUCUCCUCCUUGGAUGCUCUGAGAAGACCAGUAGAGAAGAUAUUCUCAAUGCCAUCCCUUCGAAGAGUUUCGUCGAUACUUUGAUAACCGUGUGUUUUAUCAACACUGAUAAUGAAGCAAUGAUUGUACAUCCUCAGACAUUUCGAAAUGAGUAUGACAGGUUCUGGGAGGAUCCGACAUCAGCGUCAACAAUGUGGAUUGGUUUAUUGUUUGCUUUGAUGUGUCUUGCAGUGCAGUACCAACAAUUCUCUCCAGAUGAGGAACGCCGUCUCCAGAUAGCGGAGUCUGAACCGGGAGCUCUCGUCCGACUAUAUCGUCAGAAGACCAUCCAGUGCCUGAUUCUAGGGAAAUACUUCCAAGGCCCGCGAUACACAGUGGAAACGCUUUUGCUCUAUCUAUUCAUCGAGACCUUGAGAGAAGAAGAUACAAAAAAUUUGUAUGGCCCAUGGGUAGUAUGGGGAGUUCUUGUCCGGAUUGCGUUCAGAGCCGGCUAUCACCGUGAUGGAUCCCAUUUUCCAGCAAUGUCCUGCUUCGAAGCUGAGAGGCGCCGCAGAGUCUGGGCGAUACUUGUUGGAUGGGACAUGUAUCUCUCUAUCCAGUCCGGAUUGCCCCGCAUGAUCAAUCAUUCGCUAUGCGAUACUGCGGAUCCGAGAAAUCUCUUUGAGGAAGAUCUUGACGAGAACCUUGUUGAUUUGCCCCCUCCGAGGUCAGGAUCUGCCAAAACAGUGUCUCAAUUCCACGUCGCGAAGAAUCAACUUCUCUCCAUUUUCGGAGCGAUUAACGAUCUUACGAUGUCCGUCAAUCUCUCUCCAUACGCUGAAGUCUUGAGACUAGACAAUAUACUUACAAGCGCUUACGAAAUGAUUCUCCCUGUUUGGCAGCCUCCUUCGCGACCACACGACCUCUCAGCGCCGUCACAGCUCCCUGCUACGACUAGUGUGCGUUACACUUUUCUCUCCUUCAUCUAUCACAGAGCACAAAUUGUUUUGCAUCGCAAUUACAUGUCCGUUGACAGAAAUCACGGACAAUAUGCAUACUCACGUAAAGUCUGCAUUGAGGCUGCCCUUGUUAUCUUGCGACAUCAGUGGACUCUAUAUCUGGAGACUCGAGUCGGUGGUCGUCUGUGUCGCCAUGGAUGGAAAUUCCUGUCUCUCCUCGUGCAGGAUUUCCUUUUUGCAACUGCCAUUCUCUGUGCCGGUCUUGGGGAAGAGAUAUCUCUGGCUAAUACCGUAUCUACCAAUGGCGCACCGAUCUCGAUCACUGGUUGUGAGAGGAGCAACGACACAGGGAUGCGCGAUCGUAUGUUUCACGCACUCAGCUCUUCUUACAUUGUAUGGCUACAAUCGAACGACUCAGAGUCUUCACGAGAAGUAAAAAUUGUGGUUUCUGCGCUCAGGCAUCUGCUUGGAAGGGCGCAAGAAAUUGGAUUAGGUCUGGCAAUUGCAAAUGCCCCGGAACCAUCAAAUUUUCCAUGGAAUGCAGACACAAGGAUGGACGGUUCAGGAAACAACCCCCUUGAGCAGCGACGGCCAGGCUACGGUCUUGAGGUUGACAAACCUAGGAGCGUGGAUGUUUAUUUUGGACUUGGGCACUUCCCUAUCUGA